UUACCAGUACGAUUCUGGGGCUAUUUAGAAGUAGUCUCUAGGGGUGGUGGUGGUGGUGGUGUUUUUCUAGUGGGCAGGAUUGCAGCCACCGCGUCUGCAGUUCGUCAGUUCUCUACGAGGCAAGGGGAAAAAGACAUUGACUGGUGGGCUCUGACAUCUGGGGAGCAGCAGUGUUUCAGAACUGGGCCUAAUCAUGUUGAAACUAGCAAUUUUGACGGAGCAGCUGCGCUAGUCUGUUGCAGCAUCAUAAUAGAGUUUGGUCGAAAAAGUAGCUUUUGUGAUUCAUCCUUAGAAACUCGGGUAAUAUCUGUAUUUCAUCAUUAAAAAGUUGCAAACAAGGUGGAUUUCCCAAUGAAGACAGACACUGUGAUCACCCUUGAUAUUUUCCGAUGCCAUGAAUAACACCACCAUGCCCACCUCUCCUGGACCGGCCAACGACUCUUUGGUGGGCUAUGUUUUGGUGCCGUUUUUUCUAAUUACCAUAGUCGGAGUCAUCAUGGCUGUGAUGAUGUACAUCCAGAAGAAGAGGAGGUAUGACCGACUGCGCCAUCACUUGCUGCCAAUGUACAGCUAUGAUCCUGCGGAGGAGCUGCAUGAGGCUGAGCAGGAGCUCCUGGUGGAGCCAGAGGACACUAAAGUGAUGCGAGGCUGGGGAGGAUACCAGCCCUACCGUGGCUCCUUUAUGGAUGUGAAGGCUUGACACUGGCUCAGCUCAACCACAAGAGGGUGUAUGGAUAUGGAUGACCUCAUAUGCCUGGCCUGUGUGCCACCUUGAAGCAUUCACUUCAUUAACUUUGAACCUGCUGCCUUCUUUCCACUUCAGUACUGUGUCUUUCUUGCCUUGACUCCCAGGGGGAGAAGGUAAAUGGAUAUGGCCAUGCUGUGAGCUCAGCUGCCCAUGAGCAUCAUGUACAGAGCUGUCUAGGUUGUUUGGAAAUUUGUACUUUUGGAUCUGGAUUACAUUCCACAUACUACUCUG